ACCCGCGGCGGUUCGGGCGUCAGAGCGGACCGAGCAAGCGUUGGCUGCCGACAUGUCGCCGGACGAGCCCGAGGAGGCCCGGCCGCUCCUGGGGCGGCCCGGCGGCAGCGCUCCGGCUCCCCGCGGCCGCCGCGUCUUCCUCGCCGCCUUCGCCGCCGCCCUGGGCCCGCUCAGCUUCGGCUACGCGCUCGGCUACAGCUCCCCGGCCAUCCCGAGCCUGCGACGCGCCGCGCCCCCGGCCCCGCGCCUGGACCCGGACGCCGCCUCCUGGUUCGGGGCCAUCGUGACCCUGGGCGCCGCCGCGGGGGGCGUGCUGGGCGGCUGGAUGCUGGACCGCGCCGGGCGCAAGCUGAGCCUCCUCCUCUGCACCGUGCCCUUCGCGGUGGGCUUCGCCGUCAUCACCGCCGCCCAGGACGUGUGGAUGCUCUUCGCCGGCCGCCUCCUCACCGGCCUGGCCUGCGGCAUCGCCUCGCUCGUGGCCCCGGUCUACAUCUCGGAGAUCGCCUACCCGGCCGUGCGGGGCCUGCUCGGCUCCUGCGUGCAGCUCAUGGUGGUCGUCGGCAUCCUCCUGGCCUACCUGGCAGGCUGGGCCCUGGAGUGGCGCUGGCUGGCCGUGCUGGGCUGCGUACCCCCCGCCUGCAUGCUGGUGCUGAUGUGCUUCAUGCCCGAGACGCCCCGCUUCCUGCUGACCCAGCACAAGCGCCAGGAGGCCGCGGCCGCCCUGCAGUUCCUCUGGGGCACCGAGCAGCUGUGGGAAGAGCCCCCCGUUGAGGCUGAGCGCCAGGGCUUCCGCCUGGCCCAGCUGAAGCAGCCGGGCGUGUACAAGCCCUUCGCCAUUGGCGUGGCCCUCAUGGCCUUCCAGCAGCUCUCGGGCAUCAACGCCGUCAUGUUCUAUGCAGAAACCAUCUUUGAGGAAGCCAAGUUCAAGGACAGCAGCCUGGCCUCGGUGGUCGUGGGCAUCAUCCAGGUGCUGUUCACGGCCUUGGCAGCCCUCAUCAUGGACCGAGCCGGCCGGAAGCUGCUGCUGGCUCUGUCAGGCGUGGUGAUGGUGUUCAGCACUGGGGCCUUCGGCGCCUACUUCAAGCUCACGCAGGGCGGCCCCAGCAACUCGUCACACGUGGCCCUGCUGGCUCCCAUCCACGAGGCAUCUGGUGACACCACCAUGGGGCUGGCCUGGCUGGCAGUGGGCAGCAUGUGCCUCUUCAUCGCUGGCUUCGCCGUGGGCUGGGGCCCCAUCCCCUGGCUCCUCAUGUCCGAGAUCUUCCCGCUGCACGUCAAGGGGGUGGCCACCGGCGUCUGCGUCCUCACCAACUGGCUCAUGGCCUUCCUGGUGACCAAAGAGUUCAGUAACCUCAUGCAAGUCCUCCAGCCCUAUGGCGCCUUCUGGCUGGCCUCCGCCUUCUGCACCCUCAGUGUCCUCUUCACCCUGUUCUGCGUCCCCGAAACCAAGGGAAGGACUUUGGAGCAAAUCACAGCUCACUUUGAGGGCCGGUGACAGCUGCUCUGGAAAGUGGCUGCCCUCCCGGCGGGGCUGGCUUUGGGCUCUGGUGGGACAGAGCCCAGCUGGGACUCCAGGCUGGCCCCCUGCUGGCCCUGAAGCUCCCGGGGAAGAGGGAUCCAGGGUGGCCGCCCCUGGGAUCCUUGUCCUGGGACUCCUCCUUCCCGCCCAGCCAACGCCACAAGGCGCCAGGCCCGUGACCACCCCCUGCCAAGAGCAGGAAGCGUGUGGGACGGCCUGGCUCAGCCUUCGCGCUGAUGCUCUGGGCCCAGUGCAGGCACCGUCUGGCCGCACUGCCGGAGGUUCCGGACACAGCUUCUCCCCCAGGCUGUGUUAUCUGGAAGGAACA